CACAUCGACUAGAACAGUUACAGGGUCAAUCGAGUAUCCGAAGCUACUGGAGGCAGAACUAUUGAGUAUGCUUGACGAGGAUGAGCUGCGAGGAGUUCCCCUUCUCGUCUUUGCCAACAAGCAAGAUGUGGCCGGAGCAGUACCUCCUGCAGAAAUUAGCGAAGAGCUUGGUUUAGCAGGCGGGGAAAACGCACGCCCAUGGAGU